AAUCUGGAAACACUGCUAUCGAAGGGGAUGCAGACGGUUGUUUCAUGACAACGAUUAUAAAUUUCAAUUUAUUAUUUAUGUAUGCGCGUAUGCAUUUGUGAUUACGCAAGUGUGAAACAUUCCUGACAAUGAUCGAGGCGUACGCGAGAAAUUAUAUAUGCAAAUGUGGGACAUUUACAUCCGCUCUGUCAUUUGUACGUCAGUAGUAGCAGGUGUGACAACUUUAGAGGGUGUGAAGUUAUAUAAACUGUCAGGAAAAAUAUGUUACAAUACUGUAAUUUUGUAAAUAUGUUAAAUUUUAAUAAAUAUAAUGUGAUUAUCAUGUACCUUUGAAUUUAUAUAUUCUUUUAAUCUAUAUUGGAGCAGGGAAAUUGAAAAUAGAAAAUUAUGUUGGCCCAACAAUUGGCAGACCUAUUAAGCCUUAUAACAAUAGGCAUGUGCUUUGUAUCAAAAAUUCCACAAAUUCUAAAAUUAUUUUCUGCCAAGUCAGCUGCUCAAAUUUCAAUAGUGGCUCUACUGUUAGAAUUAACAAGCUAUACUGUGAUAACCAGUUACAAUUACACAAAUGGUUACUCAAUACUAUCUUAUUUGGAGUAUCCUAUUAUUCUGUUCCAAGAAUAUAUCCUAAUUUUUCUAGUCUUGAAAUACUUAAAUAAAAUUAAUUUAUUUUCAAUUCUAGUCACAGUAUUUUAUUUUGCCACAAGUGCAUGUUUUGCACUACAAAUAAUUCCGAAACGCGUUCUUAUUUUUUUAGCGCCAAUGUGUACACCGAUUUCCGCUUCGAGUAAAGUCAUUCAAUUACUAGCGAUCUUGCGAGCCAAAAAUGCAGAUACAGUUUCGCCAAUUACUUGGUUUAUUUCUGCCUUCACGAAUCUUACGAGGGUAUUCACGAUAUGGAUGGAUUCAGCGGACAUUCUGCUGUUAGGGAAUUUUAUUAUAUCUGUACUUUUAAGCUCCAGUAUCAUGUUAUCCGCUAUUCAUUAUAGACGGCAACGAGUAAAACAAGAUUAAGAAAUUGGAAAAAAAAAUUCAAUAUUAUGAAAUUAAUGUAGUUACGCUUACGGAUUGUUGAAUUUUUCAGGCUCGGUACUUGUUGACGAAAAUAAUACUUAGUAAUAAACGUCAUUCUAAGACAAUAAGGAAUUGUACAUAAACGACAUCAUGUUGAGUAAAAAUGUUAUUGAAGAUGAAACCCUGGAUGCGACCGAUACAUUGACAAUAUCCU